AUGCCCAAAGUGAGUGAGAGUGGAGCGAAUCUCUUCAUGGCUUUAAUACUUGGAGUUUCCUUGUGCCCGGUGGCGCACAUCAUGGGUUUUGACAGUAUCCCCAGACGGACAACACGGAUACAAGACCAGAGAACAGAAGAGGAAGCACUGAGCCAAAAUGACAACAGGCAGCUGAGACCAGGCUCACUUGAUUACAAACAAUUCAGUCACAAAGUGUACAACUACACCACAUUCUGGCUUGAGGAGGAACAGGGGAUCCUUUAUGUUGGAGCAAGAGAGGCCAUUUUUGCUCUAAAUAUGAGAGACAUCAGUGACAGCUCCAUGAAAAUGUUGCAGUGGGAAACAAAACCCAGAAAACGAUUGGAUUGUCUAAAUAAGCGGGGAAACAAUGAGAUGGACUGUUAUAACUAUAUCCGUUUUCUGCAAAGAUUCAAUGGAACCCAUUUAUUCACCUGUGGCACAUAUGCAUUUCAUCCUCAAUGCGCCUACAUUGAGAUUAAGAAGUUAACUCUAUCAGCUGUCCUUCAGGGAAAAGAGAUUUGCCCUUAUGACCCUACAUUUGGAUACACGGGUGUCAUCGUUGACAAUAAAAUCUACACUGCCACACUCUACGGGUUCCACGGUCAAAGGGCAAAUAUAAAAAGGAACCCUGAACAGCGGUCAUUCAGGAUGGAUGAUUCAUUCACCAAUUCCUUGAAUGACAUAAACUUUGUUGACUCAGUGUUAGUGAGGGAGCGUGUCCAUAGCUCCGUGGGUGAUGACGACAAGAUUUACUUCUUCUUCACAGAGAAGCUGAAGAGAGAGUAUAAGUUUAACGGAAAGCCGCUGGUCACCUGGGUGGCCCGUCUCUGCAAGAGCGAUGAAGGUGGAAUGAAAAUUCUGCAGAGGAAGUGGACGUCUUUUUUAAAGACCCGGCUUGUGUGUUCCAUCCCAGAAUACGACUUCCAUUUUAACAUCUUGCAGAGCAUCUACGUGUUGAACCAAGAGCACUGGCAGGACACCAUAUUUUAUGGAGUGUUUGUGUCACAGUGGCAAAACAUACGAACAUCCGCUGUCUGUCAGUACACCAUCACCGACAUCCGAAAGGCGUUUGAUGGGCCGUACAAGGAAGAUCAGGAAUCUCCGCGACGGUGGUCAAGAUACAUGGACCCGGUUCCAGAGCCUCGCCCCGGAUCGUGCAUUACAGAUGAAUUCAGGAGAGCAGGCUUCAUGACAUCACGUGAUCUGCCGGACAAUGUCCUGGACUUUGUGAAGAAGCAUCCACUGAUGGAUGAAGACGUCAGACCUGUGGGAGGCCGCCCACUUUUUACAAAGAAGCACGUGAACUACACAAAGAUUGUAGUGGACACAGUCACAGCACUGGAUGAUAAACAAUACAAUGUGAUGUUCAUUGGAACAGAUGAUGGUUGGAUACACAAAGUAGUGAGCUCGGGAGGCAGCACACACAUCAUUGAGGAGAUCCAGCUCUACGAGGAGCCACAGCCUGUGGAAAGUCUGGUAUUAGCCAGAGCCCAGGUACGGCCUCACCUUAUUAACCAUGCACAACUGGUGAUUCAGCUCCCCGUGUCGAAUUGUCGCAGUUACCCCAGCUGUUGGGAUUGCGUUCUGGCUCAAGAUCCUUACUGCGGUUGGGAUGGUCGGGUUUGCCAGGAUGUCCGGAUGCAAAAGGACAGAGCUGGGCUGAUUCAAGACAUUACAAACAGGAACAAAGGGUGUUUGGACAGCAACACACGUAUUAUAAGCAGAAGAGUCCCGGAGGGAUCGGACAUUUUUUUGAAGUGCCAGCUCAGGUCGAACACAGCCAUCGUACAAUGGUACUUCAGUGGGACGGAAAUCCCCAGCAGUGGUGGGACACACUACUGGCGAGAAGGCACUUUGUUGGUGGUGAAGAUGGCAUUCAAAUCUGACAGUGGAAUAUACACCUGUUAUGCCCUGGAAAAUGGGAUAAGCUAUGCUGUGGUCUCCUACAAAAUCAGUGUGACUGGCGGCAGAACAACUUAUUAG